AACAGCUCCGCUCCCAGCACAGUCAGCUGAAAGCCUGUGCUCCACUCACAGAGAAGCAGAGUCGGUCGGUUUGGAAGUGCAACAUGGAACAAAUCAGGAGCCACCUUCUAGACUGGAGCAGAGUUGACCCUGAAAUAGUCUAGUUCAACUUCAAACAGCGCUUUACUGAGGGGAUUUUCUUUGGCUCGCUCACUGUAUCAAGUGACUCUGGCACAGUCCAACACAGGAGCAGACGAUGCCUCCGAGAUAACAGCCUCAUCUCCUCGUCUCACUGGCCCUCGAAUAUUCCCGGACUGUCUGCGCCCCAGCACACUGCGCCAGCAUGCCGCCCAGGAAGAGGACGCGGCAGGGUUUGGGCUUCCUGUGCUGCUUUGGCAGCAGCGAGCCGCCUGAGAUCAACCUGAAGGACACGGUGCCACUACAGCUGCUGGAGUUCAGCGCGCCCAUGCCGCCGGCCGAGGAGCUGCACGCACGCUUCUCCGAGCUCGUGGAUGAACUGGACCUGACGGAUAAGAACAGAGAGGCCAUGUUUGCUCUGCCAGACGAGAAGAAAUGGCAAAUCUACUGCAGCAAGAAGAAGGAGCAGGAAGACCCCAACAAGCUUGCGACCAGCUGGCCCGACUACUACAUCGACCGCAUCAACUCCAUGGCUGCCAUGCAGACGCUAUUUGCGUUUGACGAAGAGGAAAUGGAGAUGAGGAACAAGGUUGUGGAGGAUCUGAAAACAGCACUUCGUACUCAACCAAUGAGGUUUGUGACCCGCUUCAUCGAGCUGGACGGCCUCACCUGCCUGCUGAAUUUCCUGCGCAGCAUGGACUACGAGACGUCGGAGAGCCGCGUCCACACCUCCAUCAUCGGCUGCAUCAAGGCGCUGAUGAACAACUCGCAGGGCCGGGCGCACGUGCUGGCCCACCCGCAGAGCAUCAACACCAUCUCGCAGAGCCUGCGCACCGAGAACAUCAAGACCAAAGUGGCGGUGCUGGAGAUCCUGGGCGCUGUGUGUUUGGUCCCUGAUGGACACAAGAAAGUGCUGCAGGCCAUGGCCCACUACCAGAAGUACGCGGCUGAGAGGACUCGCUUCCAGACGCUGCUGAACGAGCUGGACAAGAGCACAGGUCGCUAUAGAGACGAGGUCAGUUUGAAGACGGCCAUCAUGUCCUUCAUCAAUGCUGUGCUCAACGCUGGAGCUGGGGAGGACAACCUUGAGUUCCGCCUCCACCUGAGGUACGAGUUUCUGAUGUUGGGCAUCCAGCCGGUCAUCGACAAGCUGCGGGAGCACGAGAAUGCAACGCUUGACAGGCAUCUGGACUUCUUUGAGAUGGUGCGGAACGAGGACGACUCGGAGUUGGCCAAGAGAUUUGACUUGACGCAUGUGGAUACCAAAAGUGCCAGUGCCAUGUUCGAGCUGAUCAAGAAGAAGCUGAGCCACACGGAUGCCUACCCACACCUGCUGUCCAUCCUGCAGCACUGCCUGCAGCUGCCAUAUAAACGUGGCGGGGGCAGCAUGCAGCACUGGCAGCUCCUGGACAGAAUCCUUCAGCAGAUCGUGCUGCAGGACGACAAGGGAGAAGACCCCGACUUGUCCCCUCUGGACAACUUCAGUGUCAAAAACAUCAUCCGACUGUUGGUCAACGAGAACGAGGUGAAACAGUGGAGAGACCAGGCCGAGAAGUUCCGCAAAGACCACGUGGAGCUGAUGGCCAAACUGGAAAAGAAGGAGCGCGAGUGUGAGACGAAGACCCAGGAGAAGGAGGACAUGAUGAAGACUCUGAACAAGAUGAAGGAUAAGCUGCAGCGCGAGGGGGUGGAGCUGCGCUCAGCCAGGGAGCAGGUUCUGGACCUGUCCUCGCGCAUCAAUGACAUCGCUGGUGCCAACGGCUCCUUCCCACAGGCCCCUCCUCCUCCUGGUGGCCCACUGGCUCCUCCUCCUCCUCCUCCGCCUAUGAUGGCGGGCUUCCCUCCCCCGCCGCCGCCGCCGCCCCCGCCCUUCAGCUGCCCGCCGCCGCCGCCACCUCCGCCUCCACCCGGGGGUCCGCCCCCUCCGCCUGGAGCCCCUCCCAUUUUCGGGGCCCCGCCUCCCCCUCUUCUUCCAUCCUCUCUCACUCCUGUGACCACGCUGCGCUCCAAGUCCAUCCCUCAGCCGUCGCACCCGCUCAAGUCCUUCAACUGGUCCAAACUGGGAGAGAACAUGAUCAACGGCACCAUCUGGAACGACAUCGACGACCAGAAAGCUUACGAGGUCCUGGACCUGAAGGACAUCGAGAAGAUGUUCUCGGCCUACCAGAGACAGCAGGACCUUCUCACUAACCAAUCCUUCAAACAGAAGGAAACAGGCUCCAUAGACGACAUCUACGUCAGCACGCGGAAGGUCAAAGAGUUGUCGGUCAUCGACGGCAGGCGCGCGCAGAACUGUGUCAUCCUGCUGUCAAAGUUAAAAAUGAGCAACGAGGAGAUCAAGAGGGCCAUUCUGGAGAUGGACGAGAGGGAAGAGUUGUCCAAGGACAUGCUGGAGCAGCUGCUCAAGUUCGUCCCUGAGAAGAGCGACGUGGACCUCCUGGAGGAGCACAAGCAUGAGCUGGAGCGGAUGGCCCGAGCGGACCGCUUCCUCUAUGAAAUGAGCAGGAUUGACCACUACCAGCAGAGGCUGCAGGCUCUCUUCUUCAAGAAGAAGUUUGCAGAGCGUCUCGGCGAGACCAAGCCCAAAGUGGAAGCCAUCCUGAACGCCUCCCGGGAGCUGGUCCGCAGCAAGAAGCUGACUCAAGUCCUGGAGGUGGUGCUGGCCUUCGGAAACUUCAUGAACAAGGGUCAGAGAGGGAAUGCCUACGGGUUCAAGGUGUCCAGCCUCAACAAGAUCGCAGACACCAAGUCCAGCAUCGACAGGAGCAUCACCAUGUUGCACUACCUGAUCAUGAUCUUCGAGAAGAACUACCCUGAAACCUUGAACAUCCAGGGAGACCUGGGCAGUGUGCCCGAGGCUGCCAAAGUCAACCUGGCAGAGUUGGAGAAAGAAGUCCACUGCAUAAAAAGUGGACUGAAGGCUCUUGAAGCGGAGCUGCACUACCAGCAGAGCCGGACGCGGGAACGCGGCGACAAGUUUGUGGCUGUCAUCGGCGACUUCAUCACGGUGGCUGGAUUCAGCUUUUCAGAACUGGAGGAUCAGCUGAGUGAAGCCAAGGACAAGUUUGCCAAAUCUGUCAAGCACUUUGGGGAGGACGAGGGGAGGAUGCAGCCCGACGAGUUCUUCGGCAUCUUCGACACCUUCCUUCAGUCGUUCAGCGAAGCGCGGCAGGACCUGGAGAACAUGCAGCGGCGCAAGGACGAGGAGGAGAGGAGGGCCAGGAUGGAGGCCAUGCUCAAAGAGCAGAGGGAGCGUGAGCGGCGAGCCAAAAAGACGGGCGGCACAGAGGAGGUCGGCGGGGAGUUCGACGACCUGGUGUCGGCGCUGCGCUCCGGCGAGGUUUUUGACAAGGACCUGAACAAAUUCAAACGGAACCGUAAGCGCUCGGUCAACCAGCUGGUGGAGGGCGGCGGCCGCGAGCGCGCCGUGUCCAAGGUCACCUACUAGAGACCCCGCCGUGGUGUCGACCUCUGAAGCUGUGACCCGGGCUGGUCACAGGACGCAGCGCUGUGGUGACCACUGUGACUCAUUACCCCUCACCUUUCUCACCGGUCGGUCCUCACACACACACACACACACACAUACACACACUCGGUGCUGGAGCCUUGAAGCUACGCCGCACUGUACAUAGAGGGGGGCGGAGCAUCUGGGCUCCGGCUGUGUUUGAGCGUUUGUCGUGGCCAAGUGAAAGCCGUACGUCUGGAGGUCGCUUGUUUACAGCUCAGACUUCUGACUCAUGGUGGCGCCAGAGAGACAGAGAGAGAGAGGGGCCAAAGUUGGAGUGGCCCUGUUGUUCACCUGCUGCCGCCUGUGCUGCCACUUUACCAAGCAAUAGUGAGAGUCCCAGACAAAGGCUGCAGUGUCUGCUGGUGACACGCCCUCGCGACACUCGCCUGCCACCAAGUGCCUGUUUCCACUCGAGCAUCAUUCCUGACCCCCGGUCCUCGCCGUCACCAUGGCAACAGACGUGGGCCCUCACGGCUGUGUUGAGUCUCAGCUGGCAGGACGUGACUCAGUCCUGUCGCGAUGUUGGCUUCUUCCUCUCAGAGAGAAGCGAGCGCCACCUUUUCCCAAACCAAACCAAAACCGACUCAGUCACUUUGAAAGGAGCCGCGCUUUCCUCUGGUGUAUAUUUGAGCUGUGGCGUGUUUCUGCUCAGUGUGUGGCGCCGCCGGAACCAGGUCGUGCUGUGGUGGUUUGGCCACACGUUGUCAGUAUUGUCUCAUGCGCCUUCGGUCAUUGACUGGCUGAUUUGGGGCGAAAAGGAGGGAUGAACUGAGUAGCUUGUUCAAUGCACUUUUUUUUAUGACGGGACAUUUCCAUUGGUGGAUCCGAACCGAGGAGGUGACACGUGACAAAGGGGGAAGGGCAGGUGACCUCCGUGACAACUGGGGUGUCACGGAGGUCAGGACUCCGGCUGACUGAUGUAAAAUAUGCGGGGUAGAAGCGGCACCGCGUCUCUGUCCCACCGUGCACUUGGCAUCCACCUGCAUGCCCAGAGGGGCUCUGUCUCACCCGUCUGUGCUGCCCCAGAAACCCACUUUAUACAAGGUCGUGUCAUCGUGAGACGUCAGUAUUUUUAUGGUUGGAAACUGAAAAAUAAAUGGAAUCAAAACAAAUCCACCGGAAGAUGUACAGUUGAAGAAAAGAAAGUUUCUACACCAUUCUUGAUGUUUGAGAUUGAAAAAAAGAAUACAACAGAGGAGGAAUGUUCCUUUUUCCUGUAAAUUGUACCUCUAUUUAUUUGCCUUAUUUAGUAUUGCUAUAUUUUGUAUGUACACACAGCAUUACGACAAAAUGUUAUAUUAAAAAUAGGACUCAUGAAAGUGCGCUCCUUCGUCCUUGCCUUUGUUCACAUACGAGGCUUUGAUUUGCCCACCAGAUCAAGCUCAAACCCUGUUUGUUUGGGCUUUCUAUUUGAAUGAAUCACAUCCUCUGGGCUAAAACCGGACCAAACCCUGUUUAUUAAAAGGCAGUAAAUUAAUGGAUGAAUGACUGAGAAAUGAAUGACCAAAACGAAGGGUUCGGCGCUUGUGUUUCCCUGUGUUUGGUGCUGCGGUAACAAUUCAGGAGAAGAAGACAAUCGACGGGACGCGACGCGCGUGAACGGAGGGGCCGAGGAAGCGCGGGGUUUGACGACAUGAUCAGCGCGUGCGUUCUUCUCCUUGUAAUGGCUCCGUGUGGACACUAGAGGGCGGUGUUGUGCCUGAGACGAGCUCGAUUGCUCUCAUGGAUUCGGUGACUUGACUCUUGUCAUCUCAGUGUUGCUACAAAGAGUCAUAAGCCGCGGUUUGACAGCAUCCCCAGCUUUAUUGGCUCGACUCUGGUGCUGCUCGUACAAAAAUACAUGGCUUACGCGCGCUCAUCCUGGUCGUGCGCGGUGUUGGCGCGCCAUCUGCCGGCGGACGCAUCACGAGGGGCGGAUUGGCACCGAGCACUGAGGGGUCACAGGGCACCAGCAGGCGGCUGUCUGGGCUCGGACCCACCUUCACCGGCAGGUCUCCUCAUCACUCCUCACCGGCGGUGCAGUGACGCCGCUCUGAUUCCCAUCAAAGUCCCGUUUACCGCCACUUUUGCGGAGCAGCCUGACGUCCGUGAUGGUGAUGUCAUGGCUCACGGCCUUGCACAUGUCAUAGACGGUCAGCGCCGCCACAGAGGCCGCCGUCAGAGCCUCCAUCUCCACGCCCGUCGGGCCGGUGGUGCGACACGUCGCCGUGACGACCACGGCGUGGAGCUGCGGCUGCAGCUGGAAGCUGACGGCGGCGUGGUCCAGCGGCAGCGGGUGGCACAGCGGGAUGAGCGCGGCGGUCUGCUUGGAGGCCAUGAUGCCGGCCAGCUGGGCCACGCUCAGCACGUCGCCCUUGGCCAGCUGGUUGGCGGCCAGCCGCUGAAAGGCGGUGGGGCCCAGCGCCACCGUGGCGGAGGCCGUGGCUUCUCUCCGGGUGGGCGGCUUCGCCCCGACGUCCACCAUGGCGGCGCGUCCCUGGGCGUCCGUGUGCGUGAGCUCACACCCGGAGCCGCCACCUCCGCCUGACUCCCCAUGGUACGGUCGAGCGCCGUGCCGAGCUGAAUUCCCCAGUGGCACGCACCACCUUCCUGACCCCCCCAGGUGGAGGAGGGGACUUGGUGCCGGACUUGUGGACAAAACUCUAGUUGUAGGUGCGAUUCCUAAGGCGUCGGUGAGUUGGUGGAUCUUUAGCUUCUUGCUGAGUCCUAAUGCUGACUCUUGGUCAGUGGGGGCGGAAGGGCGCCUUCUGCUGGCGGGGGGAGGGGGCGGGGACAGGCGGGGGGCUCGAGGUCUGGAGCCUGCAGAGCAGAGGGGCAGACGGCGGUCAGAGUGGAGAGGCUCACCUGUGAGGCUGCAACUCAAGAGUCUGAGGAGGCGUACGUACGGGCGAGUCACCCACCAAUGAGGACCAUGGGUCGGUUCCUGCUCUGAGAGAUGCUGAACAUUCCUGAGGAGAGAAGGACCUCAGUGUGGCGGUGUCGGGGACCGGCGCAGCGGCUUCCUACCGGCGUGCUGCUUCUUCUUCCUGCCGACCGCCGCGCCCACCACCUGCAGCAGCUGCUCCUCCGAGGCGCCGGAGCGCAGCGCGUCCCUCAGAGACACCUCCGAGGCCCCGAACAGACACACCUUCAGGCUGCCGUCCGCCGUGAGGCGCAGGCGGCUGCAGGAGCCGCAGAAGUGCUGCGACAUGGACGUGAUGAAGCCCACCUGCCCCUGGAAGCCCGGGACCCGGUAGGUCUUGGCCGUGUCGGCCUGAGCCGGGACCAGCGGCUGCAGGUCGGGCCACCGCUGCCGGAUGUGGUCCAGCAUCUCCUGGUAGCUCACCAUCUUCCUGAAGUUCCACCUGUUGCCUGAGAGGGAGGGGCCAGCGGUCAAGACGGUGCCGGCCCACCAGGGUCUCGGAGCUCACCGUCAAAAGGCAUGUACUCGAUGAAGCGGACCUCCAAGGGCCUCUUCUCCGUCAGGGCCACAAAGUCCAGCAGCUCAUCUUCAUUCAGGCCUCGCAUCACCACACAGUUGACCUGCAGCGCACACACACACACACACACACACACACGCGUCAGCGCCUCCACCAGCGAGGACCUUCCACUCAGGACAGAGGUUCACGCACUGUCCUCCAUCCACACCAACGCUGAGUCGUGACAAGAGUCGCCACACGCUCCCACUCGCCCUGCGCCAGCAUCUAGUGGCAGGAGUGGAGCGCCUCAUUGCAGCAGCAAUUCCACCCCGGGGAGACGAGCUGCUUCACUGUUGCACUCGGUCACUCUACAUUCAAUGGAUCAAUGGAUCUAGCUAAGCGUCAUGUGGCGAGAGGUCCGCGGUCUGAGCUGGUCAUGAGAAACGGCACGACUGAAGACCCUUCACCGCCACAUGUCAGACUCGAGGUCCUGUCUCUGUUCGGACCGGCAUGUUGCCACGGCGACCCGUCGCAGCAUGGACAGGUCCCGGGACGCCCACCUUGAGCGGCCUGUAGCCCAUGUCCAAGGCCUUGUCGAUGCCCUCCAUCACCUUGUGGAACCCUGGGCAGAAGAGAAGGACCUGAGUGGGGCAGGUGUGGAGGGCCAGCAGGGGGAGCCGUCGCUCACCUUUGCGCCGCACGAUGAACUCAAACUUGGCAGGAAGCAGAGAAUCCAGACUGACGUUGAUGAGGUCCAGACCGGCCUCCCGCAGCUGGGGCAGCAGUCUGGCCAGGUUCAUGCCGUUGGUGGUCACAGCGAUGGUCUUCAGACCCUCCAGCUUCCUCAGCUCCGCUGCGGCAGGGACGACAGGAGCAGCGAGACUGUGGUGAAGGUGAGAAGAGGAGGCCCGGGCCCCCACCCGCCUCAGCACCGGCCCACACGAAGCUCCGAGCCGCUCACAGCUAGUGAGCCGUCUGGUGACUUGGUCACCUGCCAGCACGGCUUCCUGGAGCCUGGACCUUCUGGUCCCACACACAGAGCUGCCACUGUCCAGCUCCCUCACCAGGUCCACCACGAGGUGCUGGGACCAGGAUGGUGAGCUGCACCUUCCAAGCUUCCUCCUUCUGGACUCGACUCCAAAGCUUCUCCUGCAGAGGGCUGGUGCCACACCUGCCACUGGAGAUGAGCAGGUCACCAGACGAAGCUUCGCGGAUCAACACCUGCUCUGUGUGUUCUGAUCACGCGGCCGUGGCUUGGAUCUCCCGUGCCCAGACCAGGUCAUGUGACCGCAGCGCUGCUCACAUCUGUACACGUGUGUGUUUGGCUCGUGAGUGAUGGGAGGCGAGGGGGCAGGGAUUCAGCCCUGACUCCACCACGCCACAUCCGCCGCCCACUCUGGAGCAGAGGAAGUGUCAUGUGACGGCCUCCUCGGGGCCCGUCACAUGCGCCGCCACCGUGGCCGAAGCCAUUCACCACGACCUUUGUUCUCAGGAUCACGAGGCGGCGGCUCCUACCGAUGAUGUCCAGCACGUCCGGGCGGAUCAGCGGCUCUCCUCCCGUCAGACGGAUCUUCUCCACCCCUUCUCGGACGAAGAGGCCAGCCAGGGUCAGGACCUCGGCAGUGGUCAGCAGCUGGGGCCGCGGCGUCAGCCUCACCCCCUCCUCCGGCAUGCAGUACUGACCUGAGGCCAGCAGAUGGAGUUGUUGGUGGCAAAAUAGGUCGUCUACCUUCAAAAGGUCCAUCACAGGACACCGGGUCCAUGACAGGACUGGCCCCCGGGUGCAUGACAAGACACCGGGUCCCUGACAGGACUGGCCCCCGGGUGCAUGACAAGACACCGGGUCCAUGACAGGACUGGCACCGGGUCCGUGACAGGACACCGGGUCCGUGACAGUAAAACCCGCUCUGAAGCGGGUGGAAACCCUGAGACUCACGGUCGGACUGGACACUCACAGCGAAGGUUGCACUUCUCCGUCAGAGAGAUCCGCAGAUAACUGUGUCUCCGGCCGAAGCUGUCAGUCAAGAAGGCCGAGAAGGGAACGUUGUCAUCCGGAAGCUUCUGUGGAAAGAGGAAAACAAGUGAGGAAGUGCUCCUCUGUCACGCACGGCAGCGACUCUCCCUGUUUGCUCGCUUAACUUCAGCUUAAGGAGGUGAGAAGUUGAAGAGUGACAGGACUGUUUACCGCCGUGUCUGUGUAAACACACCAGCCUCUGUUGUCCCCACCGUUCUGCUCUUCUUCUACUGAACACUCUUUCUCAUCAAGAGAAGAAAACACUGCCUUUCACCCCGUCUAGCUGGGACAAGCUCAAGCCACGACCCCUGACCCCUCGAUCCCGGAGGAGCGGCUCUGACAAGAAAGUUGAAGACGCGGGGGAAGUUGAGGCGGUCACGUGGUCUCGGUGCAAAGGUCACCGCAGACCCCGUCCCGAGGCGUCCAACCGAGGAGUCACUUCAGAGGGACGCGCAAGCUCUCAUUGCACUUUCCCAACUCCGGCGGCACGCUCGCGGCCACGGGACACGCUUGGCUGACACAGCACCACUCGAUGUUGGAGCUCGGGAGCGAACCUCACCCUCCUGCGCGCGGCUCCGUCCGCUUCAACGUGCUUCUCCCGGCGCGUGACGCUGCAGUAGAGGCGCCGGGAAAGUGCAGCCGAGCUCGGGGCCACGACUGUCCCGAACCAUCCGCUCGUGAAGACGGAGCACCAGCGCAGUCUGACGCCGACGGACAUGGCGGUCUGGCUGCGCGGCGGCGCCCGAACCGAAGUGACCUGCAGCCGUGACGCGGGGAAGUGGCAGGUCGCUCCGCGGUGGGAGGGGCCGAGGGUGGAGGAGGCGCGCAGCCAAUAGGAGCGCAGGGCGCCGUGCACGCUGGGAAAUGGAGUCACACCGACGGCCUGAUUCAGCGGGUCUGCCGCCAACUUUGCUCCGUCACCGGUGAGUCGAGUUUCAAAGCGACUCAGCUCGAUGAGAAGGCACGGUGUUGACGGCAGUCGUGGCUCGAACAUGCAUGUGUGUGGGGAGCCCUUGGAUCUUCACCUGGACACCUGACCUGGAAAGAGUCCGGCUGUCGGACCCUUGGCUCUGUGUGGUGUCGUGACGACCUCACGAGUGAGUGUUUGUUUCAGCCGCCUCUGACGGAGCGUAAACAGGACAUGACAGUCAUGUGACAUCUGCGCGGCUGCUGUGUCACAUGGCUUCCUCAUUGUUUCACUGCCUUCUGUUCCGCCAGCCUUGGCCCUCAGGGGACCCGGGGUCGGAUCACAGCACACUUCGUCCCACACAGACCUACAGGUUAGGCUCAUGUGCUGCUUCCGUCCUCACACCUGGAUAGCAGAAUAACAUCAACCACGUCAUCCUCUUCCUGGCUGCGGCAGCAUGGAAGAAAGCUGCGUGUGGUCACGAGCAGGAACUGCUCCACAGCCCAGCUGCAUGACAACAGCUGUCCAGCGCAGUCGGGCUGUGGCGGCGUGUAAGUGCGGCCUGCUCCGACUCAGUGACAUCAUCGCAACAACAAGGGCUUCUGAGAGCCAUGAGUCUUCCCGGAGGUCAUAUAAGGAGCGCAGCAGCAGGUCUGGGCAUCAGAAACUUGAGAACCAACUAGGUGGAAAGAAGCAAGAAAGGAAAGCAGAAGAUGGUUGCCAGACGACGACGACGAAGAAGAUCUGCCUCCAGGGCCGGCAGGAGGAGGAGGAGGCGCAGUCGUCGCAGCAGGUCUCCGGCCCUGAAAAGACGCAGGAGGCGCGCCAGGCGUGGGCGCAGGCGCCGGACUCGUGUGAAGCUGGCGGUCCGGAGGCGGCGCCGGCGGCGCUAGAGCGACCUCCCACAUGGAAACGCUCCAGCCAUCUAGCACUCAUCCAAGAUCCACUGCUCUUCCAGAGCAGGGCUGCAGAGGGCGCUGGAGUAAGCUUGGCAUCAUGGGUUUCCUCCAGGUACUCUGGUUUUCACCACACUACCGCUGAGUAGUAAGAAAAGUCUUGCCUCUCUGAUCCUUCAAACCUCCUAGUCUCAACUGAACACGCUGGCACCUGGGAGCAGGCAGUGUGUGGAGGGCGUGAGCGCCACCGCUCGCUCCUCGUUCCAAACGAAAACGCUAAUAAAACUGGGUGCCAACACCUGA